CCAAGAUGGCGUCUGGGGACGUGGAAGACAGGACAAUUUURGAAGAUUCAGAGAAACCUGCUUUUUCCAAUGAAAGCUUUGUCUACCGAACAUUUAAAAACACUGUUUCAGGAACUGUAGGAGGGGUAGCAGUAUGUCUUGUAGGUCAUCCUUUUGACACACUGAAAGUUCGCUUGCAAACUCAACCAGUAGACCGUCCUGUUUAUAAGGGUUUGUCCGAUUGCUUCUUCAAAACAUUGAAAUGGGAAGGCAUUGGAGGUCUUUAUAAAGGCGUGGGUUCCCCACUUGUUGGUCAAAUGUUUUUCAGAGCCACUCUGUUCUCAUCUUAUUACCAGAUAACAACAUUUUUUGCUGGCGAAGAUCACUCACAAAGACUGACAGUCCCACAGUAUUUUUUGUCUGGCUCUUUAACAGGUGUUGUAGCGGCACUGGUAGAGGGACCAAUAGACUUGUUCAAGUCUAAAAUGCAAGUUCAGAUUAUCAGAGCUCAGGCUGGAGAACCCAUGAAAUACCGCAACGUCUUCCAUGCUGCUUAUGUAAUAGCACAGAAUCAUGGUAUACGAGGGUGUUAUCAAGGAUUAUCUGCGACUUGGCUUAGGAAUAUACCAGCUAAUGGCUGCUUCUUUGGAUUUUAUGAAAUUGCACGUACACUACAAACGCCAGAAGGAGGGACAGUCAAAGAUGUGUCGCCACUUGGACUCCUUGUGUCUGGUGGAUGUGGUGGAUUCUUUUACUGGUUUCUUACCUACCCUACCGAUGUCAUUAAGUCAUCAAUGCAAGCAGAUGAUUCUGUUAAAUCUAAACGAAAAUUCAAAGGCAUCACAGACUGUGCUAGAAAACUUUAUUAUGAACAAGGUGGAAUUACCAGGUUUUAUAAAGGUUUUACACCAUGUUUAAUGAGGUCAAUUCCAGCCAAUGCUGCCAUGUUCUUUGUGGUUGAAACUAUGAGGAAGUAUUUCCCUCUUUGAUUGUCUUCAUUACCAAUAGCAAAGAAUGUAAAACCACAUUUUAAUAGUUUCAAAAACUAGUGAUAAGUUAAACCUUUGGAAUACUCCAGUUUUGAAUUCUCUUUUGUGCAAGCUUAGCUUCAAUCAAGUAUAGAUUUUAAUUGUCAUCUUGGUACAUGGAGUGUUAGCCUGAGUUUCAUCCAGGGUUUACUUGUAAGCUGAUACAUGCUUACGACAUAAACCGGAAGUAACUUAUGGAUUGAAAAAUAUUCUUAUUGAAUUACAGAAGAAGCAAGAAAAUGUCCUUUUCCUACAGACUAACAAUUUUUCUUGAAUUCAGGUGAAGGGAACUGAUAUUUGYCAUUUAAACACCUCAAGGGCCCUUAGGCCWCAUUUYCAUUCCUUUGUUUYCUGUUGUUUUCAAUUCACUUCCGGCCUAUGUCAUAAGCAUCUAUGAAUGCAGGCUAACAAAGUGUUUGCAUUGCAAUAGGAUCUCUGCUGAAUAAAAGAAUAUACAUAUAUCACAUUCUAUUAGGUUAAAGCUGCAUAAAUGAGAUCUCAAAACUGGAGUAUUUGACAUGCAAUUGCAUUGGACUUGAAUGUUAUAACAAUUCAUAGGACAAUUGCCAACCUUAUUAUGCACUUCAUUUCAUAUACACAUUUCUAUUGAAUUUAAACAUUGUAAGAUAUCUUGUCAAAACUGGAUAGAUAUUGAAUGAUCGCUAGGUGACUGGAUAAAUCAAGCCGAAGUAAAAUAGCUGUGAAUGUUGGGUGAAUGGAAGUGUAUGUGAUCAGUGGCGGCACUUUAAGAUUAGGAUAUUAUUAAUGGAAUAAUAAUUAUUAUAGGUGUGGUACAAAAUUGUGUAUUAUACAGCCUUUUGCAAAAAUUUUGAGAAUUAUCUAAAUAUCUAAAUAUCCAUAUCCAUAUAUUGUCCGGAACACGCGGCUUUGCUAGAAUAAUUCAUUGUU